CGCGACGACGUGUCGUUUACCUGACACGACCCAUCCAUCAGCGAUCCCCUGGCGCGGUGACAGCCACCGGAGCCACCGGAGCCACCUCUGCGCGCAGAGCAGCGGCUCCGCUGAACGAGUCGAGCUGCGCGGCGCUGCUCCGCCUCUUCGUGUCUCCUGGCGGCCAUGGACGCGCUUUUUGUCCGCUUCCACAACUUCAUCUUGGCGCUCGUGCGAGGCGAGGACGGAGUCUGCGGCUGCACCUGCGGGAGGCAUCAAGUAUAUCAUGUUGUUCCAUAUAAUGGGGCCCAGUCCAUGGUGGAUUCCAGAGAAAACAAUGUUUUAAGUGACAUCAUGACCUGGCAGGAGAUGAACGUGAUAGUUGGACUGCUCUUGGGUUUCUGCAUCAGCUUCUUCUUGCAGUGGCUGGAAAGGAUUUGGCACUCGCGGCUCAAAUAUAAAGAGAACCAAAUGAGUGGUGUAGAUUUCUGGUCAUGGAUGCCCACAUUCAGCAAUAAAAAGGAGUCGCUGAGGCAGAUACGUCCACCACGCACGGAGGACUCCAGGGGGAACAUGCUGCACAUCAAUCACGAUGUCAACCAUAAUGUCAAUGACACAUGAAGAUAAAAUGACCAAUGCAUUCAAUAGUUAA